UCCAGCGAAGGCUGAUACGCACAACGAUUUCAUUUCGAAGAAUCGAAUUGCGAGUUAGUUUCUUAGAGCGCUGCUAAAAUACCUGUCGUUUACCUCAUAAUUAAAAGUCUAAAAUGAAAACCGCUGGACUGUGGCUAAUGCUAUUGAUCGGAUUUGCCUGCUUUAGUAUUUCUUAUCAGUACGUUCUGGAUAGUGUGACCUGUUUUGAUAAACCAUGUCCCAGUGGAACAACAAACUGCAAAAAGCAGUCGAAAUCAACUGCCGAUAAGAGACGACUGCAAAUAAAAAUAACCUGUUUAGAUGAAUUCGAUAGCAGUUUAAAAGAAUAUCAUUACGAAGAAGCAAGUGCUUUGGAUCCCCACACUCACUACCAAAGCACAUCUUUCCAGUCUGCCCAGUUUCAACCUUACAGGCGAACGGAACCGGAAAACUAUUACUACGGGGGCGAAGACUUUUUGUAAAAUAAGAUUCGCUGAACGGUUGCUAUUUAUUUUGUAUUUAUUU